AUGGCAACAAUCUCAAAGAUAGAAAAGUUGAGCAAUGGUGUUGACAAACGUUCCUCACUUCCGGACAACAUUCUUGGUGAAAUACUGUCACUCCUCCCGAUAAAAAACGCCACCACCACUUCAAUCCCGGCUCAACGCUGGAAACACCUUUGGUCCCUUCAUCGUCACGCAGUCUUUUGCUGCCCCUCCGGUGUAGGACUGCCUAGAUUAUGUGAAGCUGUCGACCAUGUUCUCCGACACUUGAGCCCUCAAAUUGAAACCUUCUCCAUAGAAUUUCCUUAUGUCACCAUUAGAAACGCAAACAGAUUAAACCUCUGCUUAGCGUAUUUGAGUAGAUGGAUUCCUGAAGUUUGCGGUCGAAAUGUUACCAGAUUGAUUAUAUCUAUUAGCAGGAACAUUUACAAUCCAGUUUAUACGGUCUCGUCUUGUGUUUUUGGAGCCAAAACCUUUCAGCAUCUGGAGUUGAGGGGCAAUAUCCUGCUUAAGACAUGUUCGGCGUUAGAGCGUUUUAACCUGGAAUUUAAUUCGAUAGCUGAGGUUUUGUUGGUAGAUAUAUGUUCAUCCUCGUUGAGAUUUCUUCAAAUUCGUAAGUAUGGCACAUCUAGCUCGUGUAGGAUCAAUAUUGAUGCUCCGAUGAUGGAGACAUUUGAUAUAUACGAUACUCUUGUAUCAUAUCAAUUUGUUAACCGGCCGACUUUGUUGAACUUUGCUAAAGUUAUAUUCCGCCUUCCAAUCUGGGAUAGUGCAGAUGACGAAAUUCUAGUCGUCACCAAGAUAACAAAUUUCAUUAGUGUAAUUUCGAAAGUGAAGAAGCUUGAGCUAGGUUGUGAUCUUGGUUUGUUCUUUGGCAACGAUUUUGCGGUUAUCAAUUCUGGUAUAUGGUUGACAUUUUCCAAUCGGACCGAGCUAGUAGUAAAUCUGCGUUAUAAAACUCCACCAUUACCACAAAGUGUGUUAAGCAAGCUUAGAAUGGUAACUGUAAGUGGAGUGAAUCGGGAAGAAGAACAUCAACUGGGGUGGGUGAAAGAUCUUCUAAACAAUGCACCUCUUUUAAAGGAACUACACGUGCUUCCACUUUAA